UAAAUUCUAACCCCCCAACCCCCGAACCGAACACCGAAAUCCACAGAUCUAGAGGAAAGAAUAUGGGCGCCCUUGGAAACGAUACAGUAUGGGACUCUGACAUCACUUACAUUCUACAUGAUCAACAAAGUUCGCCAUUCACGCCUUGUCAUUAAAGAACCAAACACAAAAUCAACUAACGUUUCUCUUCUUCCUCAAUCAUUUGACUUGAUUUAUAGCAGAAAUUAGUACUAUAAAAAGGGCGAAAAAAAUGCUAAAAUUCCGUCAACUUAGAGUUUCUCUCAUCUCUCCAAACAAACUCUGCAAUUUCCCUCCCAAACAUAUCUCUUCUCUGAUCACCUUAACCAAAAAACCCAGAAUUCAAAUGGGUUUCCAUACGACGCCGUCUCAUUCCUCAAAGUAUCUGUUUCGGCAGCUUUUCGAGAAAGAGUCUUCUACUUACACUUAUCUUCUUGCUGAUGUUUCUCACCCAGAAAAGCCUGCUCUGUUAAUUGAUCCAGUGGACAAGACAGUGGACAGGGAUCUUUCUCUUAUUCAUGAGCUUGGACUGAAACUUGUAUAUGCGAUGAACACCCAUGUACAUGCUGAUCAUGUCACUGGAACUGGAAUGCUGAAGAGUAAGGUUCCUGGGAUUAGAUCUGUCAUUUCUAAAGCAAGUAGUGCUAAAGCUGAUCUUCUGGUGGAACCUGGUGACAAAAUCUUUGUUGGUGAUCUCUUUCUUGAGGUUCGUCCUACUCCAGGUCAUACAGUAGGCUGUGUUACAUAUGUUACAGGAGAUGGUCCUGAUCAGCCACAGCCAAGGAUGGCAUUUACAGGUGAUGUUUUGCUGAUACGUGGAUGUGGACGAACAGAUUUCCAGGGUGGAAGUUCAGCGGAGCUCUAUAAGUCGGUGCAUUCACAGAUUUUUACCUUGCCGCCAGAGACAUUGGUUUAUCCAGCUCAUGAUUAUAAGGGUUUUAUGGUUAGUACUGUGGGAGAGGAAAAGCAAUACAAUCCUCGCUUGACAAAAGAUGAGGAAACAUUCAAAUGCAUAAUGGAAAACUUAAAGCUGGCAUAUCCGAAGAUGAUAGAUGUAGCGGUACCAGCAAACAUGGUUUGUGGCUUGCAAGAUCCAGUUCCAGCUACGCUCUGAUUUCCCUGGAUGAAACGGCAUAGCUAAUAAUCCUCGAUAGUUGGAGGAGAGGAUACAUGUAUAGAUCACAUAUUUACAUUGGUGUUGGGAAGGUUGGGAGAAAAUGAACUGCUAACUACAUAUAUGUUCGCAACCGUGCUAAUUUCUUUGCAAGUCUUGAACAAUAAUGGCUGAUCAAUAAUCUUAUAAUUGUUGAAGAGAAAGAGUUGCACGUUUAUGGUUUCUAAAUA